AUGGACGAGGAAGGUCAGUGUAAAAAUUUGCAAGAACUAAAUGUCUCUGAAUGCGAAGGAUUAAAUGAUGAAGUAAUGAGAUAUGUGUCAGAAGGCUGCCCAGCUCUUACUCAUCUGAAUAUAGCUCACACAGAGAUUAGUAAUAGAACGCUAAGACUACUAUCAAGAUGUUUCCCCAACUUACAGAAACUUAGUUUGGCUUAUUGCAGGAAAUUCACAGAGAAAGGUUUACAGUACCUGAGUUUAGGCAAAGGAUGCCACAAGAUCACCGAUUUGGACCUUUCAGGUUGUACUCAGAUUUCAGUUCAAGGCUUCAGGGACAUUGCAAGUGGCUGCACUGGAAUAAAGCACUUGGUCAUCAAUGAUAUACCAACUCUGACGGAUAGUUGUAUAAAAUCACGAAUUGGGGAUGCUGGCCUAAGGAACUUCCUUGUUGGACCUUCAAGCUCAAAGCUCAGAGAACUGAAUUUAACUAACUAUGCCCAAAUAAGUGAUCUUGCCCUUGCACAAAUGGGAGAAAGGUGUUGUAGUCUUACCUACUUGAAUUUAUGUAAUUGUACACAGUUGACUGAUUGUGGGAUUGAGUUCAUUACACAGCUUCCCAACUUGAUUUCAAUUGAUCUUUCUGUAACAGCCAGCACUGAUGAGGAAUUCUGUCAGUCGACACCAAAUUUGGAACAUUUAGAUGUCUCUUACUGCCCCAAGCUUUCUGGAGAAAUUUUGAAAGCACUGUCUGCUAAGUGUUGUAGGCUCACAUCGCUUAACAUUGCUGGCUGUCCAAAGAUGAAUGACUUGGCCAUAAGGAUUUUGAGCAAAAAAUGCCACUAUCUUCACUUCUUGGAUGUCUCUGGAUGUGUAUACCUUACUGACAAAGCCAUUGAAUACCUUCUGGAAGGCUGCAAACAGCUUCAUGUCUUGAAGAUGCGGUACUGCAGGCGGAUUUCCAAGGUGGCAGAUUUCCGAAUUUCAUCUCAAGUUGAAUAUUGUGAAUACAGUAUUGAGGACCCUCCCAUUUGGUUUGGCUAUGAUUGCAAAGGGACCAUCUUCCAUGACAGAGUGAGAGUUAAAGUCUUGCAUAGAAGGAGAAGAAAAUCAUUAUUGGAGAGUAUAGAAAAUACAACCAAGAAUUAAUCUUCAACAUUACAAGUUGACCUACAUAACCUUUGAAUCACUUUUGUUUGCUUGGAAAAAGUACUUUUAUUAGUUGGAUCUCAUGUUAACAAUGUUUCUAUACAGAGGCAGUAAUAAUUUAGCUUCAGUUUCUUAUUCCAACUACAAU